CUCCCCAAAUCUUUUCCCUCUCCUUGAACCCGUCCCCGGAACUGAAAUACCAAAAAAGAAAAAAAAAAAACCCAACGUCUCUUCUUCUCUCGUCUGUCUCUCUCAGAGACUCGAAGAGCGGGAUAGAGAGGGGUGGCGACGAUGCACGCGAAGACGGACUCGGAGGUGACGAGCCUGGCGGCUUCGUCCCCGCCGCGGUCGCCGCGGCGGCCGAUAUACUACGUGAUGAGUCCAUCCCAUCCCGACGCCGAGAAGAUGUCCCUCGGCGGCUCCACCCCCGGCGGCUCGCCGGUGCACCACCACCACUACCAGCACCACCACCACCCCCACCAUCACCGCUACGCCAGCUCCCCCAUCCACCACUCCCGCGAGUCCUCCACCACCCGCUUCUCCGCCUCCCUCAAGCACGCCUCCUGGCGGAAGAUACCCCUCGCCGGCCGCCACCCCUCCGACGCCGGAGAUGCCGAUGACGACUCCGACGCCGACGACUACCCCGCCGCCACCCCCGUCCGUUGCUACGUCGUCUGGUUCCUCCUCGGUUUCAUCUUUCUCUUCACCCUCUUCUCCCUCAUCCUCUGGGGCGCCAGCAAAGCCUACAAGCCCGAAAUCUCCAUCAAGAGCGUGGUGUUCGAGAGUUAUAAUAUCCAGGCCGGGAUGGACUUGACCGGUGUCCCCACCAAGAUGCUGUCCAUUAAUUCGACGGUCAGGAUCGCGUUCCGGAACCCGGCCACCUUCUUCGGCGUCCACGUCUCGUCCACCCCCUUGGAACUCUACUACUAUGACUUCAAAAUCGCCUCCGGAAGCAUGAAGGAGUUCUACCAAUCGAGGAAGAGCGGCAGGGUGGUGGCGGUAGAUGUGAUUGGGAGGCAGGUGCCGCUCUACGGCGGUGGCUCCGGCCUGAGCAGCCGGUCGGAGGGCGGGCCGCCGGCGGUGGUGCCGGUCGACCUCACGUUCGUGAUGCGGGCUCGCGCUCGCAUCCUCGGCAAGCUGGUGAAGUCCAAGUUCUACCGCCGCAUCCACUGCUCCCUCACCCUCAGGGAGACUCAUCUCGGGAAGAAGCACCUCAACCUAAGGAAUUCCUGCAAGUACCGUUACUGAGCCGAACCGAACCGGCCUGAGGGCAUUUCUGUCAUUUUAGUGAAUGGGGAGCGGUAGUUUUGGAUUCAAAUGGGUUCAUGAGAAGGUGUCGGUCAAAGUUAUGGAGGGCUUUUUAGGCAAAGUCUGACUGACGACUACUGCAUUCUAAGUCCGUGAUGUUGAUAGUUUUGUCGGUUUCUUUGUGGAUGUUGCCGUUGGUGGUCGAUGUAGAGGCUGAUAGCUUUGUUUGAAAAAACACAGGAUUCUAAAGGUUUUGUUUUGCGUGAAAGAUGUUAUCUUAUUGUUUUUAUUCUACGAGAAUUACUUUUAG